AUGGUGAAUGGGUUACCAUGGAUAAAGCAGCUUGAUGGAUUUUUUAUGUACCAAUCAGAAAUAACACACAAAGUACUAAAUGUGCAGUUUUUUAUGUACCAACCAGUCUCGCCCUCAUGGUCAUCGAACCCGUCUUUCCCUCAUGGAACAGACCUACAAUAUAAGAAGAUAAAGAUUAAGCUUUGCUCUGCACCUUUGAGCCAAAAGGACAGGGCAGGGAGGAAGACUGUGGAUGAUCUCAAGAAAGAUAAGACAUGCCAAUUCAAGAUAGCAGCUCAACCUUACAACCCAAACAACUCAAGAACCACUGUCUCUUGGCUCAUAGAGAGAGAUAUUCCUAGUGCUACUUAUUUCAUUAGAGCUUAUGCCUUAGAUUCUCAAGACAAUGAAUUGGCCUAUGGCCAAGCCACCAACAAGAAUAAGACCACUAAUCUCUUUGAAGUUCAAGCUCGGGGGCUGGUGAGCAAGCAAGAAGGGUAG